AUGGCAAGGAUCUUGAGAUCUAAGACAAACGGAGCGACCAGUACCCCAGAGGCCGAAAGAACGAAUAGCCCCUCACCUCAACCAGGUGACAAGAGAAGCCGGACAACGGAAGAUUCUGAUGUCUCUCCCAAACGCCAGCGCCAUACCGACAGCCCAGCACAUGAAGAGUCCGAGGGGGAGAAGCCGGCACCUCCAGCGGAAACACCCGCGCCCACAGUAACGCACGCCUUUAUCAACAAUGAAUUUAUACUGUCGGCCUCCAAAACCUGGACCAGCGUCCUGGAUCCUGUCACGCAAGGCCUUCUCACCCGCGUCCCUGACUGCACCUUGAACGAGAUUCAACACGCCGUCAGCGCCGCCAGUGCAGCACAGCUCGAAUGGGCUGCAACACCCUUCUCAAAACGCCGCGAAUACCUCUUGAAAUUGGUGGACGUGAUCCGCGAGAUGACUCCCGAUAUCCUCGACUGUCUGUCGCGAGAGGUUGGUAAGACUCUAGCCGACGCCGACGCCGAGGUGUAUCGCGGGCUGGACUCGAUACAGGCAGCGUGUUCGAUUGGUCCUGAGAUGACUGGAAUGUACUUGGGAGCGGAUCCAACGCAAUUGACCACUUUUCACGAACCCUUGGUGAGCCACUCCCUUUGA